AUGUCUGUCGAACUGACGCCCCCAGAGCUGGGCUUCAAGCGCCCCUUCACCACCGAGGUCAACCAGACAUUGCGCCUGCGCAACCCUCACAGCGACCCUGUGGCGUUCAAGGUCAAAACCACCGCCCCCAAGCAGUACUGCGUGAGGCCGAACUCUGGACGCAUCGAAGCAGGGAAGGAGGUGGAGGUACAAGUCCUUCUCCAGGCCAUGAAGGAGGACCCUCCGCCGGAUGCCAGGUGCCGCGACAAGUUCCUCGUCCAGUCCGUGGCCGUGACGGCUGACAAGGAAUUCAACAACGUCGCUCAAAUCUGGAGCCACAUUGAACAGACCGCCAAGCACUCAAUUCAGGAAAAGAAAAUUCGCGUCGUCUUCCUUCCCGCGGAUGAUAGCACGGGCAUCAACGGCGGUUCUCCGACUCAAGACCUCUCCUCCUCCCAGCAGCGCUCGCCUUCCCCUGAGGCCGUGACUCCUCAGCGCGGCUCCACCUCCGAGCCCGUCGGAGCCGUGUCUAGACCCGAACAACGUCCGGCGGACAGCAGGCACCUCGGCGAGGCGCUGGGAUCCGCGUUCAACCCAGCCACCGGCCAAUCCACCAUGUCUUCCAUGGCCUCGAGCGUUGCUAACGCCAUACCCACUUCCGGUGAUGACGUCAAGGCACAGCUUGCGGAGGCAAAGGCGACCAUUGCGAGGUUGCAGGAUCAGGCGGGCCAGGGCCUGAGGCAGCGCAAGGGUGAUGUGAGCCGGGGUGCGAACGAGAAGGUUUCGGCUGGUGGUAUGGCGCAGCAGGCGCCGGCUGGCGGCGUACCUGUCCAGAUUGUUGCCGGACUUUGCCUGUUCAGCUUCCUGCUGGCCUACUUCUUCUUUUAA